AUAUAGCGCUGACUUUAACAGUUAUUUACAUAGGGCUGUACAAGCUUUUAUUACAGGAGUAAUAACCCAAUAAAAGCUUUAUAAAAGAAAAAACUUUACAUAACAAAAACUUUUAUCACAAGAGGAAUAAUAAAAAGAAAACACUUUAUAUAAAAAAACAAUACCCACUGGCCACAAGCCACAACCACAAUCGGGACAAAAAAGAUAACAUGAUUAAAUAAAAUUUAAAAGAAAAAAGAAGGAAAAAAGGUAACUUUGGGUGUGACAAGAAGUUUUCUUCUGUUUGGUCUGACUAUUCCCUAUGGUCAACGGUGGUAUUGAGAGCCAUUUACAAGCUUCGACACAGAAACCCAGAUUGGAUAAUGAUGUCUGUUGCUUAUUUUCCCUGUCUUUCGUCUUCUUCUUCUUCUUCUUCUUCUUCUUCUUUAAGCUUAAUCUUUCUCAGCUUCUUCUUCUCUUCUUGUUCUCGCCAUGAUUGACGAGAAGAUGAGAUCUAAAUCCACCUGUCUCCUUGUGAGACCAGUACACAUGGUUCUCUUCCUCCUCCUUUAUGUUCUUUCCCUCUCUGUCUUUUUAUUUACAGUUUCAGAGGCUGUCUGUAAUCUCCAAGAUCGAGAUUCUCUCCUUUUGUUCUCCGGCAACGUAUCAUCUUCAGUCUCUCCUUUGCAUUGGAAUUCGUCCACUGAUUGUUGCUCCUGGGAAGGAAUCUCCUGCGAUGAUUCUCCCGAAAAUCGAGUCACUUCGAUUCUUUUGCCCUCCAGAGGACUCUCCGGCAAUCUCCCGUCGUCUGUUUUGGAUAUCCGUCGUCUCUCUCAACUUGACCUUUCCCGUAACCGUCUCUCUGGUCCUCUCCCGCAAGGUUUCUUCUCCGCUCUUGAUCAGCUCACGGUUCUUGAUCUUAGUUACAACAGUUUCAAUGGUGAACUGCCACUUGAACAAUCAUCUGGCAGUGGAAGCAACCGAAACUUCCCAAUUCAGACCGUUGAUCUCUCCAGCAAUCUUCUUGAGGGAGAAAUACUCGGCGGUUCUGUUUUUCUUCAGGGUGCUUUCAAUUUGACCAGUUUCAAUGUCAGCAACAACAGCUUCACGGGUCCAAUCCCUUCCUUCAUGUGCACAAAUUCACCUCAGCUCACCAAAUUGGAUUUCUCUUAUAACGAUUUCACCGGCGAUAUCUCUCAAGGAUUAGGCAGAUGCUUGAGGCUAAGUGUUCUUCGGGCAGGCUUCAACAAGCUCUCUGGUGAGAUCCCAAAAGAAAUCUACAACCUUUCUGAGCUGGAGCAACUCUUUUUACCAGUGAACCAUCUUUCUGGAAAGAUUGAUGAUGGGAUUACUCGUCUCACCAAACUGAGAUUGCUUGAGCUUUACUUCAAUCACCUCGAAGGAGAAAUACCAGCGGAUAUAGGUAAGCUUUUCAAUCUGCGCAGCCUCCAGCUCCAUAUCAAUAACCUCACAGGUUCUGUCCCGGUUUCUCUUGCCAAUUGCACAAAACUUGUGAAGUUGAUUUUACGGGUUAAUCGGCUGGGAGGAGCUUUAUCGGAGCUAGACUUUUCUCGUUUUCAGAGCCUCAGCGUUCUGGACCUUGGAAACAACAGCUUCAUCGGCGAUUUCCCCUCGACGGUUUACUCCUGCAAAAAGCUCACAGCAAUGAGGUUUGCAGGCAACAAGUUAACGGGACAGAUAUCCCCGCAAGUACUGAAAUUGGAGUCCCUGUCGUUCUUUACAUUUUCAGACAAUAACAUGACGAACAUUACAGGCGCUAUCAGCAUUCUGCAAGGCUGCAGGAAGCUGUCUACUCUCAUCAUUGCAAAGAAUUUUUACGACGAAACAAUACCAAGCAACGAAGACUUUCUUGCGUCAGAUGGGUUUCCAAGUCUCCAAAUAUUCGGUACGGGUGGAUCCAGAUUGAAAGGUAAAAUACCAGCUUGGCUGGUCAAGCUCAAGAGCGUAGAAGUUAUGGACCUGUCACUAAAUCGACUCGAGGGGUCGAUUCCCGGUUGGCUAGGAACUCUUCCAAACCUCUUUUACUUGGAUCUUUCUGAUAACCUUCUUACAGGAGAGCUUCCAAAGGAAUUGUUUCAGCUGAGGGCUCUGAUGUCCCAAAGAGCAUACGAUGCAACAGAGCGGAGCUAUCUAGAGCUUCCUGUCUUUAUCAGUCCUGAUAAUGUCACCAUCACUCAGCAAUACAAUCAGCUUUCCAGCCUCCCACCUGCGAUAUACAUCAGAAAGAAUAAACUGACCGGGAGUAUACCGAUCGAGGUUGGACGGCUAAGGGUUCUCCAUGACUUGGAGUUUUUGCAAAACAAUUUGUCUGGCAGUAUCCCAGAUGAAUUGUCAAACCUCACAAACUUAGAGAGGCUUGACCUGUCCAACAACAGUCUAUCUGGUAGAAUCCCUUGGUCGCUCACUGGCCUCCAUUUUAUGUCCUAUUUCAAUGUUGCAAACAAUACUCUCAGUGGGCCGAUACCCACAGGGAGUCAGUUCGAUACCUUCAAAAAAGCAUAUUUUGAAGGAAACCCAUUGCUCUGCGGUGGUGUACUGCUAACCCCCUGCACAACUCCAACUCCACACUCUACAACAAAGGUGGAUAAAAAGGUCAACAGACCACUUGUUUUGGGGCUUGUCAUUGGGCUGUUUUUUGGCGUCAGUUUGAUUUUGGUGCUGCUCGCUCUGUGGGUGAUGUCGAAGAGGAGGGUAAAUCCAGGAGACUCUGAGAACGCCGAACUGGAGAUAAACUCCAACGCCUCGUACUCUGAAGUUCCUCCAGGUUCGGAGAAAGACAUAAGCCUCGUGCUGCUGUUUGGAAACAGUAGAUACGAAGUUAAAGACCUGACUAUAUUUGAGCUCUUGAAAGCUACCAACAACUUCAGCCAAGCUAAUAUAAUUGGCUGCGGCGGGUUUGGCCUUGUCUAUAAGGCUAUCUUGGAUAACGGGACGAAACUGGCGGUUAAAAAACUCACAGGAGACUAUGGUCUGAUGGAGAAAGAAUUCAAGGCAGAGGUAGAAGUUCUGUCCAGGGCCAAACAUGAAAACCUGGUCGCUCUACAAGGUUAUUGCGUCCAUGAUAGCGCACGUAUACUUAUUUACUCGUUCAUGGAGAACGGAAGUCUUGAUUAUUGGCUGCAUGAAAAUCCCGAGGGUCCAGCCCAACUGGAUUGGCCAAAAAGACUUCACAUUGUCAGGGGGGCAAGUUGUGGACUAGCAUACAUGCACCAGAUAUGUGAACCACACAUAGUGCACCGAGAUAUCAAGUCCAGCAACAUCCUUUUGGAUGGAAAUUUCAAGGCGUACCUGGCAGAUUUCGGGUUGUCAAGAUUGAUCCUUCCAUAUCGCACCCAUGUUACAACUGAGCUUGUGGGCACAUUGGGUUACAUUCCCCCAGAGUAUGGACAAGCAUGGGUAGCCACUUUGAGAGGUGACGUGUACAGUUUUGGUGUCGUCAUGCUCGAGCUUCUCACUGGGAAAAGACCAAUGGAGGUUUUCAGGCCAAAGAUGUCGAGAGAAUUGGUCGCGUGGGUUCAUCAGACGAGAAGGGAAGGGAAACCAGAGGAGGUUUUUGAUCCAUUGCUGCGGGAAAGUGGUAAUGAAGGAGAGAUGCUUCGUGUGCUUGACAUAGCCUGCAUGUGUGUGAACCAAAAUCCUAUGAAAAGACCAAACAUCCAACAAGUUGUUGACUGGCUUAAAGACAUAGAAACGGAGAACACAAACCAAAGUAACAGAGGAGAACCCGAAGAAGAGACAUAACUGUGUGCCUUUUUCUACUUUCAUCAUUAAAAAAACACACAUCUGCAUAAGUAAAUAUAUACACUUAUUUUUUUCUUGUCAAAUGCAUAUCUUAACCAUCAUUUCCAUGUAAAUUAUAUUUUGAUGGUAACAGAAGCUUUGAUAAUGUAAAGAACAUGAAAUUUUGCA